AGAAAUCAUGCCUAUUUCACCAAUUUUUCGCAAUCCUCUGACAGACUUAUCAGGUGGAUUGUUGACUUUUGAAAAUACUGAGUGCGAAGACAGAGAAUUAAAAGCAAUAGAAUGUGUUGAAGCAUAUGGACUUCCAAAAGGUGAAGAAAAAUGCAAAAUACUGAUAACUGAUUUCAAGGAAUGCAUUACUAAAUUUAAAAGUUUUACACGUGUUGCAAUAAUGAGGAAUGAGCGACUUCGUCAAUAUAGAGCUGGACAGCGUGAAGAACAAUUUGAAGAGUUACCUAGAUUUGAUGCUGUUUAAAUGGAUCCUGACAAUUAUAUGUGUUAUAAUAUAGCAUUGAUCUAAAUAUAGGUUAUUUAAAAGUUA